AAAACGUUGUUAAACAGUGAUUAAUCAUUUAAUCUCCUCGUACUAUAAAUAUAGUAAUCAGUUCCCUCCAACCUCUUCAUCUCACCCAAACACCACCCAUCAUAACAAUAAAUCUACAAGUAAUUAAAACACAGCUAUACACGCACUACUUUUGUGCUUUCAUCUCAUCUUCAUUCAACCUUGAGAUGGGCAACAAAAAUUCUUCCUCUUCCAUUUCUUCUUCUUCUUCUUCUUCAAAAUGCUCAGGUAAGCUGUGUGGGCGGCUUUGGAGAGGAUCCAAAUCUCAUCCUCGCCGCCAAACCUCCAUAGAAAUACCAGUGGAGUUUUGCGACGACUACGACAACCAUACCGAAGAGAAGAAGAAAGACGAUUUCGUUGCUUUGGAUCACCAUAAAAUGAAUCCAGCUCAUCAAGGAAAGCAGCAGCCGGUGGCCUUGGCUCCACUUGCCGCAGCUGAAGCUGGCGGUGGUGGUGGUGGUAAAGACAGUAAUGGUAUCAUGGCGAAGACGACGGCGAAGACGGAUAGCCUUUACGAGAGGAGUACUAUGUUCCUGCAGAAGACAAGGCAACAGUUUAUGGCAACAAACUGACAUAUUUACUUAUGAUCAAAUACAUGCAUGGUGUGAUUGGUGUCAACAAGUGUUGUUGUAGUAAAAAGGUAAGGUUUGAUGCAUUGGAUUAAGGUUAUUAAGUAAUUUGCUGAAAAAUAUGUUUAAUUUGUGUUAGUAGCUUAGCUUGUAGUUAAUUGGAAUAAAUCAAGUUGGGUGUUUUCAAUUAGUAUGUAUUUGGUGUUGGUAUUAAUUAAGUUUGAUGUAUGCAAAAUUGCAAAUGUAAUGAUAUGAUAUUUAUAACCUAUAAUUCAUAAUUUAUAAAAAUAUCUAAUAAGAAUAUGCUACCUCCCUUUCAUUAUUCUUGUGAUGAGUUUGACCUCUAAUUUUGUUUAUCU